AUGGCGGUAGCUAAGAGACGCCGCCGCCCCGCGCGCCCCGCCGCCGCCUUCGCCACGGUGCCGCUCGCUCUGCUCUGCCUCUGCGCCCGCGCCGCCGCCGCCGCCGCCUUCGCCAGGGACGGCGACUACACCAUCGCUGGGCUCUUCCGGCUGCGCAGCCUGCCGCCGCGGGCCGCCGCGCGUGGACGCCUGCGGCGAGUGAGGCAGGGCGCAGCAAAGCGAAGCGGCACCAUCGUAGCGUGUCCGUUCGCUCGCCGGCCCCGGGCCCAGGGGGACCCGUCCGCGGCGCUCCAGCAGGCGUUUCGGAUACACCUGUGUUCGUGCAGCGCCAGCGCCUUCCGCAGCCACGGCUACCGCCUGUUCCAGACCAUGAGGCUCACUGUGGAGGAGAUAAACAACUCCAGCACCCUCCUCCCCAACGUCACCUUGGGCUAUGACGUCUACAACACGUGUUCGGAGUCUGCCAACAUACACGCAACGCUGCGCGCCCUUGUCCGGAAAGGGCAGCACAGCAUUGAGGUGCUCCGUUCCUUCCAGCAGUACGAGUCCAGGGCUGUGGCUGUCAUCGGGCCCGACAGCACUAAUCUGGCCCUCACCACAGCAGCUAUCCUGAGCGUCUUCCUUAUACCAGAGAUUAGUUACGAAGCUUCUGUGGAAACGCUGAGUCUGAAGCGGCUGUACCCCUCGUUCCUGCGCACUAUUCCCAGCGACAGGCAGCAGGUGAAGGCCAUCGUCCUGCUGCUGCAAAAGUUCAAGUGGACUUGGGUUGCUCUGCUGGGCAGUGACAACACCUACGGCAGGAGUGGAUUAGGGGCCCUCCACAAGCUGCUAAGUGUGAACGACAUCUGCGUUGCCUACCAAGGCAUCAUCCCCUCGAACAAGGAUGCCAGCAGCCCGGAGCUCCGCCACAUGGUCAGAAUCCUCACAGAUACCAGGGUCAAUGUCACCAUCGUCUUCUCCAGCAAGCACAUUGCCCGCCCCUUCUUUGAAGCGGUGGUCCAGGAGAACAUCACGGGCAUGGUCUGGGUGGGCACUGAAGACUGGUCUUUAGCCCAAACGAUCUGGCAUGUGCCUGGCAUCCAGAAUAUUGGCUCUGUGAUUGGGAUGUCGAUCAGGCAGGCAGAGUCCAUGAUACUGAAACAUUCUGAAUCUUGGAAAAAUGCAGAAGAAAGCGCCAACAGCACAGGGGCAGGUAGGGGAAAUGGUGGAAACAGCAGAGAGAGCACCCAGCUGAACUGCACUCAGGGCUGUACAGGAUGCCACUUGCUCACCACCACCCCUGAUGAGUAUGACACGAAAGCCUCCUACAGCGUGUACACAGCUGUGUACGCUGUCGCCCAUGGUCUCCACAACCUGCUGGGCUGUGCUUCAGGAGCAUGCAACAAAGACAGAGUCUAUCCCUGGCAGCUCCUAGAAAAAAUCAGGCAAGUAAACUUCAGCCUGCACGAGAACCAGAUCUCUUUUGAUGCCUACGGGGACAUUCUUAAAGGGUACGACAUCGUUACGUGGAACUGGAGAGGCCCAAGCUGGUCUUUUGACGUAGUUGGAUCUUUCAGUGUAAGCCCUGACAGACUGAGUAUCGACCAGGACAAAAUCCUAUGGCACACAAAAGAUAACCAGGCUCCUGCCUCGGUGUGCUCCGAGGCCUGCCAAGCAGGGGAGAAGAGGGUGCAGCAAGGCCGCCACAAGUGCUGCUUCAGUUGCGUGGCCUGCCCAGCAGGAACCUUCCUGAACAGAAUGGACCUCUACGCUUGCCAGUCCUGUGGGAGAGAUGAGUGGGCCCCAGCUAGGAGUGAAGCUUGCUUCAACCGGACUGUUGAGUUCCUGUCCUGGGCCGACCCCACCUCCUGGGCCCUGCUGACUCCCAUGGUCCUCUUCCUGCUGCUUGUGGCAGGGCUGGCUGUUGUCUUUGCCCUGAACAUCUCAACACCAGUGGUCAAGUCAGCGGGCGGCAAGAUGUGCUUCGUCAUGCUGGGCGCUCUGGCCUGUGCCUGCAGCAGCCUCUUCUGCUACUUCGGCGAGCCCACGCGGCUCACGUGCCUGGUGAGGUUCCCGCUCUUCUCCGUGAGCGUCACCGUUGUGCUCUCGUGUAUCGCGACUCGCUCCUUCCAGGUCCUCUGCAUCUUCAAGCUGAACAGGAAGCGGCCGACCCUCUACGGGGCCUGGAGGAGGCACCGGGGGCCCGCGCUGUUCAUCGGCGGCAGCACGGCCGCGCAGGCGGCGCUGUGCCUGCUCUCGCUGAGCCUCAGCCCGCCGGUGCCCUGGCGGAACUACGGCGCGUCGGCCGAGCGCGUCGUGCUCGAGUGCUCGCAGGACACCUCGCACGCCGCCGCGGUCGCCUACAACGCGCUGCUCGGCGCCGGCUGCUUCGCCGUCAGCUACCUGGGCAAGGACCUGCCCGGCAACUACAGCGAGGCCAAGAGCGUCACGCUGAGCCUGCUGCCGCUGCUGGCCUGCUCCGCCUGCACGCUGGCGGCCCAGGGCCGCCCGCUGCCGGCCGCGCUCGGCGGCCUCGCCGCCCUGGGCGCCCUCCUCGGCGGCUUCUUCCUGCCCAAGGCCUACGUCGUGCUGCUCCGGCCGGGGCGCAACACGCCCGCGCACUUCCAGCUGUCCGUCCAGCGCUACACGCGCCGCGCCGCGCCGCCCUGA